CGCCUCCCAUCCGACUCAUAAAGUACGCGAAAAACAGAAAUCCAUCUUUUCGCCGUUGAAAACUGUGCCAAAGUACUGAGACUUAUCUAGUUCGGAAUCUGAUAAUCGUUCGAAUAUCGUUGAAUUGAAGACUAUUACGAAAUCGUCUUGUACCGAUGAAGUGUAGGAAACAUAUAGAUGCAACUGAAUCGCGGUAAUUUCGCGGUAAUGACUGUAGUGAAGUGCAAGUGCGUGAUGUGGUGAUGAAAGACUUAUGAGUGCAGAUAACAUGCACUACUACCCGACUGCCGCAUUUCCUAGUGCUGGUUAUACCUACUGUCGUUCGGGUUCUGAUAGCAGACUGCAUCGGAGGGGCUCGCACAGAGAUGUGGUCGACGCCUUUGACAGCGGAGACUCCACUUUGUCCGAUAUGGAAGAGUCGGAGUCAGGAUCUGGUUCAGGAUCAGGAGUGGACGUUGAUCCUAAUCUUCCAUACCCGGGCAUCGCACCCAUUACCCUACGGUAUCUCUCCCAGACCACGAGGCCACGCAGUUGGUGUUUGGCGCUCAUCUCGAAUCCAUAUCCUUUUUUAUACAAAUUAUUGAGGUGUUGCAGGGUGUAUUACGGAAUAUUUCACGUUUUUAGAUACACACGAGAAGUUUAUUCAUUACGUACAUAAAGAAUACAAUCAAUCACAGUAGAAUCUGAUGAAAUUACUGUUCAAUAUAUCAGAACUGUGAAUACACUAUUCUCAAUGCUCAUUUUUAGAACAAAGUUGGCAUUGUCAAUUCUAAGUGUAACGAAUUUCUGCAAAUAGACGUAAGGCAUUUCUUCAUUCAGGAUUAACUCAAUUGCUUAGUAGAGCUCAUUAUGAAUGAAAUUUCAUGAACUAAUUACACUGAAUGCUAAUACUUUGAUUUUUCUAUCUGACUUUAAAACAUGUUCAUCAAAAUC